AUGGCAUCUCCAGAGCCGCUCCUCUGCAAGGAGCCUGUGGAAGAUUAUCAAAGCUUGAAGGAGAAAGAUGCUCAGCAGGCGGAGAAAGAAUAUUACAGGACUCUUAAAAACCAUCGGGUCUUCCUUGCCACCUUUGCUGCUGUGCUUGGGAACUUUAGUUUUGGUUUCGCUUUAGUCUACACCUCCCCGGUCAUCCCUGCUUUGGAAACAUCUCUGGUCCUCAGCUUAAGACUAACAGAGGCAACGGCAUCCUGGUUUGGGUCUGUGUUCACCCUUGGAGUCGCAGCAGGUGGUUUGGUCACCAUGUAUUUAAACGACUACCUGGGCCGCAAGCUGAGCAUCAUGUUCUCUGCUGUCCCAUCUGUCAUCGGAUAUCUCUUCAUGACCAGCGCCCAAGGGACCUGGAUGCUGCUGGUGGGAAGGCUUUUAACAGGAUUUGCUGGGGGAGUGACUUCUGCUUCCAUCCCAGUGUACAUCUCUGAGAUCUCUCACCCUGGAGUCCGGGGAGCUUUGGGCUCCUGUCCUCAGAUCAUGUCCGUCUUGGGUGCCCUUUUCCUCUAUGCUUUAGGCCUCGUUGUUCCCUGGCGCUGGUUGGCGGUGGCUGGACUGGUGCCCGUCCUUCUCAUGAUUGCAUUGCUGUCUUUCAUGCCGGACUCACCUCGUUUUCUGGUCUCCAAGGGGAAGGAGGAAAAGGCCCUUGAUUCCCUGAUAUGGCUGAGAGGAGCACAUGCAGAGUACUGGCGGGAAUAUGAGGAAAUCAAGGACAGCUUCAGUGAGCAGAGCAGACCAAUUUCUUGGAAAGAGAUCAAGCAGCCCUACAUCUGGAAACCGCUGGCUAUCACCUUGUUGAUGAGGUUCCUGCAGCAGCUCUCAGGGGUUACCCCCAUUCUUGUAUACUUGCAGGUGAUAUUUAACAGCACAGAGGUCAUAUUGGAGCCGCAAUACGAUGCUGUUAUCGUGGGGGCCGUACGCUUAGCAUCAGUGGUAGUUGCCACCUUCUCAAUGGAUAAAGUCGGAAGGAAGAUUCUUCUAUAUAUCUCAGCCAUCAUUAUGCUUGCCUCAAACUUGACUUUGGGCUUCUACAUCCACCUCAUACCUCAAUAUUCCCAUAAUUCCUCAGCAAUUAUGGUCAACAGUAGUAGCCACGAGGGCCUGGCUACCAGCUGGACAAGUGUCCUCACCGUCAUCCCUCUGAUUGCCACCAUGGUCUUCAUCGUAGGUUAUGCCAUCGGUUGGGGUCCCGUCACCUGGCUGCUGAUGGCUGAGAUUCUCCCACUGAAGGCCAGAGGGACAGUGUCUGGGCUGUGUGUGCUUGUGAGCUGGUUGACAGCCUUUGUCUUGACUAAAGUCUUUCUGUUGGUUAAGGCAGAGUAUGGCCUGGAGGUUCCUUACUUCUUCUUCGGGGCCGUCUGCAUAGUGAACCUUAUCUUCACGUUUUUCAUUCCUGAAACCAAAGCAAGGUCCUUGGAGCAGAUUGAAUCAUACUUCCGGACUGGGCAGAAAUCAUUUAUUGAAUCUUCCCACCACCUUAAAUGA